GGCCCUCUGAGCAGAAGGGAAGGCAGAGACCUCUUCCCCAGUCCUGCUGCCCUGCAGGGCUCACAUCCCCUCAGCAGCCCCCAGGCUCCUGAUCCACAGGAGGCAUCCACCAAACAGGCACAAAUCCACUUGGCUGCAAAACUUCACCCACACCCAGCAGGAUGUUUAAAAAAUGCACCAGAUACAUUGUAAGUCAAAUGGAUCCAAACAAAGAACUGGUCCCUGUGGAGAGCAUUGUAGACCACGAGCACUUCAGACCCUCUUGUCUUCUGGUAGGAAAAGAAAAAAGAAAAACCAUGUUCCACCAAGGUCCCUACUACCAGCGCACAGGGUUCAAACUGGACGAUGUGCUGCUGCCUGGAGAUGAUGGAAAAAACACAGAAGGUCCACAUUCCAGUCAAUUCACUCUCACCAAAGUCACCACUGACCAAGUCGAUGGGUGUCUCAGCCUCAGUGUCAACCCUGCAAAUGUGGAGCUGCAAGGAGGUGGCUCCGUGUCCCAGGAGUUUUCCAUCAAGCCUCAGACCAAGACCAUUUCCAUGGGCUCACUGGAGGCCCUGAGACAAAAAAGAAAAAUCAACAUGGAGCACUCCUUCAUCCAACAGCUCCAGAGGACAAAUCUCAAAUUGUUCUUGGUUUAUGAAACCCUGGAAGCCUCAGAGGAGGCUGUCUACAGGGAGUCCACCAAGGGAUAUGGGAGGUUCCUGGCCAAGAUUUACGCCAAGUUCUCCGCAAAGGGCAUCACAGAGAACAGACAAAGCAUAGUCAUCCCCAAGAGCUGCACCCUGGCCUUCAGGACCAUCCAGGUGAACAUUAACAAGGGAGAAUGGAGACUGGGAUUUUUCAAAGUAUGUUCUGCUGGACUUAUACGUUACGAAGGUGAUGGUCCCUCAGAAGUGGUGAGAGAAGUCGUACAACACUAUGGGGUUUUCUCCAAGCUGUCGUCUGACCUGCUGGUCAUGUUCCUAAACACCAUCACGGCUGUGAUGAGAGACAGGAACCUCUUUCAAGAGCUCAGCCAGAAGAUGGAAGAAUUUCUUGAGAAAAUUGAUGGUUAUGAGCUGAAAACAGAAAGCCCAGACUUAAAAGACCUGUUGAGCACCUUAGAGAAUUCUCCAAGAGAUCAUCGUUGUCAGCUAGCAGAGGGAAUAACCUACACCCUCGAUGCCUUGGCUGAGCUACUGGACGAUCAGCUGCUGCUGCUGCUGGAAUCCUUGGAAAGGAAGAUUGUGUCCCAGCAGCUGAAGCUGGUUGAAAAACUCCUGGAGCACGAGCUGGAGAAGCCUUUCCGUGUGGACGCCAGGCUGCUCUCCUUCCCACGGCGGGAGGAUCAGCGCUUGACCAUGGCCCUGGUGGAGCUGAGCAGAGUGAAGCUCCAGGAAGAUGGUUCAGCUGUGCCCAUGGAACAUCCCUUUGAGGUCAUGGCUGCCCUGUACGUGGCCCUGUACAUCCUCUGCCUCCUCAGUGGCCCCAAAUAGGCGCCUGGCCCUGC